UUUGUCCUCUAAUGCCCCCUCGUUUCUUUUUAUUGAAACCCGCUCCUCCCCACGCGGCCUGCCUUGCCCUCCUCCGCCCGUUUCCCUCUCUUAUUCAAACUUGCAAGCUCCUUUCUCUAACGCCGCCGUCCGUCUCCACCAAGCUCCUCACUCACUUCAGCCACUACUACACUGCUCUGUUUGGGUUGGAGCGCGCGUGGCGUGGGCGCGGAGCCCCUGCGAAUUCCGGCGAUGGGAAAGGCGGCGCGGUGGUUUCGCAGCUUGCUGGGCGGCGGGAAGGAGCAGGGGAAGGAGCAGAGGCGGGCCACGGCGCCGGGGAGCGACGCUAUCCCCGCGUACAGGAAGCGCUGGAGCUUCGCCAGAUCUUCGCGGGACUCCGUCCAUGCCACGGCGGCGGAUGCCGUGGCCAGGGGUGACGCUGCGAUCGCGAGGGCGGCCGAGGCAGCGUGGCUCAAGUCGAUGUACGGCGGGGCGGAGCGGGAGCAGAGCAAGCACGCCAUCGCCGUCGCCGCGGCCACUGCAGCGGCUGCGGACGCGGCCGUGGCCGCGACACAGGCCGCCGUUGAGGUCGUGCGUCUCACCUGCCAGGGUCCUAUUUUCGCCGGCGGAGGCGCCGUCCUGAACCCCUGCGGCUGCGCCGGCGCUGCCGUCAAGAUCCAGACGGCCUUCCGAGGCUUCUUGGCCAAGAAGGCGCUGCGAGCUCUCAAGGCACUGGUGAAACUGCAGGCGCUGGUGCGGGGCUACCUGGUGCGGAAGCAGGCGGCCGCCACGCUGCAGAGCAUGCAGGCGCUUGUCCGCGCGCAGGCCACCGUCCGCGCCGCCCGGUGUCGCGCCGUGCCCCCUCUGCCGCCUCUCCACCACCCUCCCGUCCGACCCCGCUACUCGUUGCAAGAACGGUACAUGGACGACACGCGGAGCGAGCACGGCGUGCCGGCGUACAGCCGCCGCCUGUCCGCGAGCAUCGAGUCGGCGUCCUACGGCUGGUACGACCGGAGCCCCAAGAUCGUGGAAAUGGACACCGGCCGGCCCAAGUCGCGCUUGUCCUCGCUCCGGACGAGCCCCCCGGUGCUCGACGCCGGAACCGGCGACGAGUGGUACGCGCAGUCCGUGUCGUCGCCCCUCCUGCCGUGCCACCUCCCCGGCGCGCCCCCGCGCAUCGCGGUGCCGAGCUCGCGCCACUUCCCGGACUACGACUGGUGCGCGCUGGAGAAGCCGAGGCCGGCGACGGCGCAGUGCACGCCCCGGUGCACGCAGUACACGCCGGCGACCCCGGCCAAGAGUGUGUGCGGCGCGGCCACCUACUCGUCGCCGAACUGCCCGAACUACAUGUCGAGCACGCAGUCGUCGGGCGCGAAGUCCCGGUCUCAGAGCGCGCCGAAGCAGCGGCCGGAGGCCGGCGUGGUGGGCGCGCGGAAGCGGGUGCCGCUAAGCGAGGUGAUCCUGGAGGCCCGGGCGAGCUUGAGCAGCGUAGGCAUGCAUAAGUCCUGCAACCGGGUGCAGGAGGCAUUCGACUUCAAGGCGGCCGCCGUGAGCCGCUCCGACCGCUCGUCGGAGGCGGCGGCCGGGAGGGACCGGGACAUGUUCUUGCAGAGGAGAUGGUGAAUCUCCUACAGCUCAGCAGCUGUUCGCUCUUGCAGAGAUGAUUGGU